UAUCAACAAAAGUGUGAGAAUCGGCCAGCUGCUCUCCCAAACGCUCAGCUUUAAAUAGCGAGAAGAACUAGUAUCUGGGUGACCAUGCUUGUAACGAUACUUUUGAGCGUAUUGUUGGCGGCAGCUAGCGGAGAAGAAAAAUGCGAGCAGGGUUCGAACUGCAAAAUACCAGACUGUCGCUGCGCGAGUAAUAAUUUGGAUUAUCAUAAAAUUAGCACGAAAGAUAUCCCUCAGUUUAUUCUCCUAACGUUCGAUGACGCGUUAAACAUCCUAAACAACGUUACUUACCACGAUAUCUUUUUAAGCGGGAAAAAAAAUAAGAAAAAUGGGUGUCCAAUAGCCGGAACGUUCUUUGUCACCCACGAGUAUAACGAUUACACCCUGGUUCACGAGUACUGGCGGCAAGGUAACGAGAUAGCUAGCCACUCCAUCAGUCACAGACCUUAUCAUGACUACUGGAAGAAUGCUGAUGAAGAAAGAUUGAAAGAUGAGAUGGUAGACAUGCGUUUUAUGUUGGCUAAGUAUGCACUUAUAGAAGAGAAUCAAAUAACUGGAACACGAGCACCUUUCUUACAAACGAGUGGUGAUAACUUUUUCAGCACUUUAUCAACUAAUAAGUUCAAAUGGGACUCAUCUAUGCCAACUCGAACACAUUCUGGGGAUGAAAACGUCCAGAAAAUGUAUCCCUACACGCUGGACUACGGGUACAAGCAAGAUUGUGUAAUCCCACCUUGUCCUAAAGAGCAGUACAAAGGUUUUUGGGUAGUCCCGAUGGUUAUGCAGUAUGUAAGCAUGGAGUUGGAAGAUGGUUCCAUAAUAGAAGUGCCUUGCUCUAUGCUCGAUGCAUGCUCUCCGCAGCCCGAGACUAAAGAAGAUACUGUAACUUUCCUGAAAAAGAAUUUCAACUACCACUACAAUUCUAAUCGUGCGCCUUUUCCGAUCUUUUUACACGAGACGUGGCUAAAAGAUGAAAAUCGAAAACAAGGCUAUCUUGAGUUUGUCGACUGGGCCUUAACCAAAAAUGAUGUUUUCAUAGUUACUAUUUCAGAAAUGUUAGACUAUUUCAAAGAUCCCAAACCAUUGUCGUCGUACUCACAAAAGAAAUGUGUAAAGACUCCUCCUUCCAGCAAGUGCACUUCUAAAAGUUUUUGCCAGUAUAAGAAAGAGGACACCCCAUUUGAAGGUCCACGGAUUAUGUCAACUUGUACUCCCUGUCCAGAGGUUUACCCGUGGCUAAAAAAUCCAAAUGGAGAACGCUCCACAUUUAAGUAAUUUAUUUUGGGUAUUGUAGGUGUAAGUUUGAAAAAUAAAAAUAAAUCUUUGUUUUUUAAUCCUUA